UUCGCGCUCAGCUUAAUUGCUUAGGAACAUUCUGACUUAGGUUAAUAUUGCUCGACAAACACUAGCUGCUUCCCUCCCAAACGAAACCAACACCAACACUAGCUGCUUUGUUCUCACCGGCGGCUUCACCCUGUUCACUGUCGUCGUUGCCUUCGCCGCCUUCCGUCGUUGCCGCGCCGUUCCUUUGCUGCUUCACUGCUUCACUGCUUCGCCACUUCACUACUUCACUGAUUCCUGCCCUUCUUCCUUUUUAGAGUCGCCGCCCACGGCCAAGGAAGUCAUCCACGGCACGGCAGCCGCCCACGCCGCCGCCCACUCAGCCGCCCUUGUUCAUUGUCGUCUCUCCUCUCUUAGUAGCGUCAGGCAUGGAUGAAGAUCAACACGCAAAUUCAGGUCCUUCUAACAAAUCACCAAAUCAAGUGCCCCAAAAGCAAAAAAAGAAGCCAAGAGGCCCUACAAAAGGAAUAAAAUCCAUGCCCGGGGUUCCAAGAAAAAUUGAAUGGGAUCACUUGGACCGACCCACAGGGAAAUGGGCAACGGAUUACAAGAAUCACAUUGGCGAGAUAAGUCGCGCAAAGGUUUCAAUAUUGAUCAGAACCUGGGAAGAUGUUUCACAAGGAAUAAAAGACACUUUGUGGGAAGACGUCAAGAGAGAAUUUCAUAUCACAGAUGAAACUAAGAAAGAAGUUGUCUUAAAGAGUUGUGAUAAGCGUUGGAGGGAAUUCAAAUCAAGAUUGACGACUGGUUGGAUUCGGGGUACAAGGAAAAGGCCAAAAGAUGAAAAGAUGCCAUAUGAUUUGUAUAGUUAUAUAACUAAGGAUAUAUGGAAGGAAUUUGUGAAGAUACGUACCUCCGAAGAAGCUGAGGAAAUAAGUGAGAAAGCAAGACAAAGUCAAUCUUUCAACAUAUAUCCUCAUCAUAUGGGACAGAAAUCAUAUGCUGAAAUGACAAGUGAAUGGCAGAGAAAAGGGUACAUUCCCUCAGUUUCUUCGUCAUCUGAAGGUUCCUCUGCGUCUACAAUUUCUUCAAGUUUGCCGAGUAGGACAUGUUUAUGGCUUCUUGCAAGAUCGGUACCAGAUGAGAAAGGAAAUCCUUACUUGCCGGAUGAGGGCACACAAAAGGUCAAAGAAAAUAUUGAUGAAUGGAAAAGGAAACAAGAUGAAGGGGAAUUUGUUCCCAAAAGUGCACGAGAUGAUGUCUUAUCUCGUGCACUUGGUAAGACUAAAGAAGGGAGACCACUAACAUUUGGUGGUGGAGUAGGCAUCAAAGCUGUGUGGGGGACCGGAGAGCGGCGUAGCUUUCGACGGUAUGGAGAUGCGGAGAUGGAGGAAAUGGAAGCAAGAGUGACCAAAAGGGUCAAAGAUGAGACAAUACAAGAGAUGAACUCCAAGAUGGAUGCCAUGGUCAUGGAGAAAUUUAUCACAUUUGCUAAAGAACUUGGUGUCCAAAUACCAAGCCAUAUGAGGAUAGACGCAAAUGUUCAUAGUAGUUGUCGUUCCGGGGGUUUAGAUCCAUUUGCCGACAUUACGGUAUGAUAAUUUGUGUUUUUC